AUGGCAGAAUAAUCUAUGCCAGAAACCUAUUUUCUAAGUUAUUCCUGCAAUUAGUUAUUGUUUGUAUUUGUAGACAAUAGACUAGGCAUUUAUGUGUGGAUAGUGCAUGCUUUGCCAGAUCUAGAUCACUUCUUAGAAAAUACCAAAUGGAUAUUUUGGUUAAGCUUAGGGAUUUGCAUAGGAAUAUCAAUACUAGCCUUUAUUUACAGGAAUCACAUCAAGACUACCCCAACAAAUUGGUUAGUGUUCUUAUUAUUUACUCUAUCUUUGGCUUCAGUGUGUGGUUGUCUAGUGGCAUUUGGUAACUCAUAAGUUGGAUUAUUAAUUUUCGUGAAUUUUGCAAGUUUAAUAUUCUUUUUGUUUUUGUAUUCAUCGACUGUAAGGAGAAAGAUUACCUAUUCCGGAGCAGUCCUUUUUGUAUCUGCGGGGAUAUUGAUUGUAUUUGAGAUGUUUACAAUCUUUAGCCAAAUUUCACUAUUUUGGAUCAUGGUCAUCUCUUUGUCCUCAUUUUUGUUUGCAUUUAUGUUGCUUUAUGAUACAUAUUCUAAUUUGAAUUCUGAAGAUUCUUAUGAUAUCAAUACAGCAGAUGAUGUGAGUGGUAGUGUAACUAUAUAUUGGGAUAUUGUAUUGUUAUUUUUGAAGAUGACAGAACUCAUCAAGGAUAAUCUAUUUAACAGACAUAAUUGA